AUGGCUGUCCUUGAUGUGGGCAAGCCAAUGGAACGAGCUGUGGAAGCCAUACCAGUCGCUCUUCAAGGCCGGGAUGUGAUCGGCCUGGCAGAGACGGGUUCAGGAAAGACGGGUGCUUUCGCUCUCCCCAUCCUCCAGUCACUGCUGGCGUCGCCUCAGAGGCUCCACACGCUCGUCCUCACGCCCACCAGAGAGUUGGCCUUCCAGAUCUCCGAGCAGUUCGAGGCUCUGGGCUCCAGCAUUGGGGUUAAAUGUGCUGUGAUUGUUGGUGGAAUCGACAUGAUGUCCCAGUCCUUGGUGUUAGCUAAGAAGCCACAUAUUGUUAUCGCCACUCCCGGUCGGUUGAUCGAUCACCUGGAGAACACAAAGGGCUUCUCUCUGCGAGCUCUGAAGUUCCUGGUCAUGGAUGAAGCCGACAGGAUCCUCAACAUGGACUUUGAGACUGAAGUGGACAAGAUCCUGAAAGUUAUUCCUAGAGACAGACGGACCUUCUUGUUCUCAGCCACCAUGACCAAAAAGGUCCAGAAGCUCCAAAGAGCGGCUCUCAAAGAUCCCGUAAAAUGCGCCGUUUCCACCAAAUAUUCCACAGUAGACAAGCUGCAGCAGUACUACAUCUUUAUUCCAUCCAAAUACAAGGACUGUUACCUGGUUUCCAUCCUGAACGAGCUGGCUGGGAACUCCUUCAUGAUUUUUUGCAGCACGUGUAACAACGCCCAGCGGGUGGCGCUGAUGCUCAGGAACCUGGGCAUCACCGCCAUCCCUCUGCACGGCCAGAUGAGUCAGAAUAAACGUCUCGGAGCUCUUAACAAGUUCAAAUCAAAGUCUCGUUCUGUGCUCCUGGCGACCGAUGUGGCGUCUAGAGGCCUGGACAUCCCUCAUGUUGACUGUGUCAUCAACUAUGACAUCCCCACACACUCUAAGGACUACAUCCACAGAGUCGGGCGAACGGCCAGAGCAGGGCGUUCUGGGAAAUCCAUCACUUUUGUAACGCAGUACGACGUGGAGCUUUUCCAACGAAUUGAAAGUUUAAUCGGGAAGAAACUCCCGGCGUUUCCAACGCAGGAGGAGGAAGUGAUGAUGCUGGUGGAGAGGGUGAGCGAGGCUCAGAGGUUCGCCAGGCUGGAAAUGAGGGAACAAGGGGAGAAAAGGAAGAGACCCAAAGCUGGACAAGGCGAGGAUGAGGACGACACAGAACAAGCCAGCGGAGUGAGGAAGAAAGUCAAAGGAGGAUCAGGAGGAGGAGGAGGAGGAGGAAGAGGAAGAGGAGGGAAGAGGGGCGGAGGAGCCUGGAGAGGAGGACGCUGAAGCAUCAUAAAAUGUACAGAACCACAACACAAGACGCCUCUCCUCUUUCUGAUGUACACUUUAUGACGGCUUGUUUUCCACCCUUCGCUCUGCCGGCUCAACGACUAUUUAACAGCACAAUAAGUGCUUUCUUUGUCCCACUAUGAGUUUUGUUCCAUUCUAAUAAAAACAUUUCUGUAAAACUUGUUUCAUGCCUGUU